AUGGUGUACGAUUGGGCUGGGAAGCGGGAUAUCUGCUUCCAGAUGUACAUUCAGGAAAAGAAGGCCCUGGAGGAGAUCAUGGAGUACAUGAGGACGGCUUAUCAGUUUGCGCCGAGUAAGCGCGCCUACCAGACACAGUUCAAGCGAUGGGGGUUUCCCUCGAAACAGAAUCCUGCGCAUAAGAAUGUCGACCUCGUCGCCCGAGUGAAGGAGCUAUGGGAACACAACACCAAUCAACGCGAUAUGCUCCGCAUAUUGAAUGAGGAAGGAUUUUCGAUUAAAGAAAGAGAGUUGAUGCGCGUUCGCGCAAAGAACCGCUGGCUUCUUCGCAUCCCCAAUGGCAUGAAAUCACAACUAAGUGCUGAUGCGCGGAAUACACAACCAGAUGAGGAUGAAGGGCUUUUGGCGCUCCAGCAAGAGGUUUACAAGCAGGAGGAGCAUUUUGAAGGUGCCGACUCAAUUCCCGCAGAAUCCGAUCCCGCGACUGCCGAGCGCCCCUCGUCCCCAGGCCUGUCACCGGAAGUUCUAGCGAAACGCAAAGAACGUCUGGACCGUCUCAAAUCAGAAAGCGCAGAGCGAUGGGCUUCCAGGAAACGUCGUCGUCGUACCCGUGGGUGGGCUGGACUGCCUGCAGAUCCUCCGGGGCCCCCUCGAUUUCCCUCGGAGACUACAAUCGACGAGAGCAAACAGUACCUCAAUUUGGACAACACGACAUAUCGACAGCUGAGAGACCACUUUCAGCGGAUAUGUGAAGAAGCCGGAUUCAUUAAAAAGACAGUUGCUGGCCCAGAGCGGUGGCAGGCCGCGAAGGACAAAUUGAUCCAGGAAUCCCCCCACCUACAACAGGUGUUUAGUUCCGAGCCGACCCAACGUGAUGCGAAAGCUUUGGCUCUGGAUGUUGUGUGUACAGAUGUGACCAAACGAAUGAGAACCUUGGAGCGACGCAUGACCCUUGCCGAAGCCAAAAACGCUCUGGGAGUCAAUCCGGAGGAAAGUCGCCAGAUCCGUAACGCGUUCUAUGAUACCCUCAAGGCGGACCAUUUCACAAGCAAGCUAGAAGCGGGCGAUGAGCAUUGGGAGGAGUUAAAAGCUCGAUGGAUUCAUAAUUCGCCCCUUCUUCAACGGAUUCUUGAGCCAGGUUCGGCUAACCCAGAACACGCGUCCAAGUUGAAAGCCUUGGAAGUGCUCUGUCGGGACGUGAUGAAACGGCUGCGAGACGACCAGACCAAGCGAGAUCCGGCUCGCAAAAGAUCCACGCCGCGAGCCAGCUCACAGAACCAUGUACCAUCCAGCAAUACUCCUGUUCAUAAUAUGAUGGACAAUGGAAUCAGCAACGGGAUCAGUACCCUCGCAUCCCAGGCGCUCGCCAGCGCUCCCAUUUCCGCUAGCGAGCUUGGCGACAUGCAGAUCGAUCCCUCUCUGCUGCAGGCAGCUAACGACCCGUCCUCUUUCACGGCGAAUCCACAACACGAGGCGGCCAAUGCCUUUGAAUAUAUGGACCCAAUGCUUCAUUCUCCAUUGCUUAACACGACAGUUUGGUUCCAGAGUAGCCCUCAGAGUCAGCUUCAGGGAACUCCCGCCAAACCCUGGAUGGACAAGCUGGCCACUCGAUCGGUUGAAGAGGUGCGCCAGAUCAUCACUGGCCGCUAUCCUUACUCGAUUCUCAGCAAGAUCGAAGGUGUCGAUCAGGAUGAGCAUGGUAACGAGACAUUUUUCUCCAUCGACGAAGAUCACGAGCUGGAUGCUUAUUUGGCACAAGUCCAUGGGCGAAAGGCCUUGCUUGUUUUCACAGUAGGGCAAAUUUGA